AUGGCGCUCCCACAAAAGCACUCCAGUGUCAUCACAAGGUAUUACAUAGACACACGGCCCCUCGUCCCGUCGAACAGCAAACAGCCAUACUCCCUCCCAUUGCUCGAAUUACUCACCUUCGCCGACCAAGAAGCCGUGACACGGUUCCUGCGUCCCGCCGACAAAUUCAUGUCGCUCGCCAGCGCCCUGCUAAAAUACACCUUCAUCCACCGACAGGCCAAAAUCCCCUGGUCCAAAGUCGCCAUCCAGAGAACCCCCGUCCCCCACCGCCGCCCCUACUGGCAGCCACCAGACGACUGGGAGUCGGAAUCGAAGAGCGGCGGCCUCGAAUUCAACGUGACGCACCAGGCGGGGAUGGUCGUCAUCAUCGGGUGCACGACGCCGACCGCUCAACUCCCGACCUCCUCGUCACUGUCCGCCAAGAUGGACCACCUGGAUCUGACGGGCCACCACACACCUGGCCUAGCCAGCUCCCCCCACCAAGUCCGGCUAGGGAUCGACAUCGCAUGCGCCGACGAAGACAAGCGCACGCCCAAGGACAUGACCACCCAGGCCAAAUUCGACGAGUGGGUCGACAUCUUUGGCGAGAUGUUCUCCGAGCGUGAGCGGCGCGACAUGCGGCACGCGCCCGUGCACAUGCCUGUCGCGGAGCGCGAGGAAGGCGCCUGGGACACCGAGUCCUCAUCGUCGUCCUCGGAAGGCCGCGGUGCCACCACCGAAGCCGCGCGGCUGCGUCGAGCGCGCGAGAACGAGGCGAAAGUCACGCAGCUGAAGCUGAGGCGGUUUUACGCGUAUUGGGCGCUCAAGGAAGCGUACAUCAAGAUGGUCGGCGAGGGCCUGCUGGCGUCCUGGCUGAAGGAGCUCGAGUUCUUGGACGUCACGGCGCCGGUGUCGCCGUCCGCGAGGAUCUCAUCGCGCGCGAAAUCCCACUCGCGGAGUCGGAGUCGUGGUACCGUUGCGGCCCACAGUCGCAACCAUGGCCAUCAGCAUCAGCAUCAUCAUCAUAGCAGUAGCGUGUCCACGCCGGUCCUAGACAGAGACGCAGAAGAAGCGGCCAAGUGGACGCACCCGUCAAAGGCAGAAAAGGGCAUGCAGACGCUGCUGCGCGGGAGGAAACUCGAUGAUGUGGACAUUGAGCUCGUGGCGUACGACGAGGAUUUCUUGCUGGCGACGGCCAUGCAAGGCGUCGUCGAGGUCUUUGAAGAGCAGCAGUCAGCUACAUCCGCGCUCCGGGAUUCUUCGUCUGUCGAGAAUGGGAGUGUGGAUGUCCAAGCUGCCGUGGUGCAGCCAGAGCCGCAACGGAAAAGAUGGAUUCGGCUGGAUAUCGAGAAGGAUAUUCGGCCGUGUGCUGAGGGGAGAUGCCGGUGCCUUGAUUGA